AUGGGCUUGGUGGAGCAUUCCGAGGCGCCGGCCUCCCGCAAGCCUGGGCUCGACAACGAUAUCGCAGUCUCCGACGAGGUCGAUGCUGCAGAGGAUCAGCCUGCCCACAAGAGCGCAGAUGCGCUCGAUGACCACGUCUCUUCUAACGAUGAUGAUGAUCAGAAGGACAACGAGGACGACAACGACGAGGAAGACAGUGAGACUUUUAGUGCUGGUGGUGAUAGUGAGAGUGAGGACUUCCACUUCAAAGAAGCAGUGGACGACGGCAGGCUCAGCAAGGUGGUGAAGUUCGAAAUUCCCGACGAGAAUACCAGGCUUGCUCUGGCCGGCGCUGGCAUCAACACAGAUGUGUACUUUCAAGGCAGAUCCGAUGAGACGGCGACCUUCGCUGCGGCUCCUUGCGGUGCUAACGCCAAGUAUCUGACCUCCGAUUCCUUCGACGAGGUCUGCACGCUCCUCGGACAAAUGCAAGGUCAUAUCCAGGCCUCCCCCCUUCUGGUCAACAAGCAGCCAAGCUUGACUGCGGCCAGGAUCGACCGGAUGAAGACUGUAUUGGACACUGCGAAAGCAAUCAAAAAUGCCGUGAAGUUGCCGCAACUCGAAGAGAACGAGGCGAUGGCGGACAAAUUGCUCAAGGAGGCACUGGUUAAGGGUGACAACAAGGCGUUGGAAGAGCAGUUGAGGGACGACUGGCUGCCGAAGAAGUCCAAACUGAAGGAUGGAAAGGCAAUUCUGGCGCCCGCGGAAGUGAGCAUCGGCAUUCUCAAGAGCGACCUUGAGGGACUUGCGGGCGUCAUCAAGACCAUGCUUGACCAGCGUAGGGGCCAGCGUGAGACUUCGAUGCAGAGGGAAGAGGGCGACCAGCUGUUCCUCCUGCGCCAGCAGAUGGAGUGGUGUGAGAAGGUGGUCGACGGCCUUCUGCUCUGGCUCGACCACGAGGUGGCGAAGUUCCGAGCGAUCAUCAUCACCUGA